UUUGUGUUCGCGGAUGUAAGCUACGCGCGCGACAGCACUCAUAUGUCAAAUACAGUAUUCCGCGAAAAGUCGGUAACGGUAUGAGAAAGUGACGCAUGGCUUUUUCUUUUGUAGGGAUAUGGACGAUGCAAUACGAAGGUCGUAGAGACUUUAGAUUUGGUCCAAUGCUGCAUUAGUUUCGGGUGUUAGAAUGAUUUUUUUUUGGCACUGUGCGUGGCAAGCUAGGUGUCGGUUGGCGUUGCUGGAUUUUUUUCGACACAUGAGUAGCGAGAGAGGUUUUUUUGCACACAUCAUCAUUGAUGAUCCGCUUCACAAGGAAUCGCGGUCCAAGAUAUCUGCUUCAUCUGUUAGUAGCCUCUACAUGUCUUCAUUUUUUUACCUUGAAACGAUCAUCAUCAUACAAUGUUAUUGUGUGUUUUUUACUCGAAUCAGAAUCAGGGUAGACUUUUCCUUGAUGUUCUUGUUCAUUUUACCAUUUUUUUCAGGGAGCUGGAGUAGCUUUUUUCGUUUGUGACGUCUUAGAACAAUAUAUUCGAGAAUGAUUUUUGCCAGUUUGUUUCGGGCAAUAUAUUCCUUUUUCGACAAGGAACAGAUAGCAAGUUGUAAAAACAUCAAGGUGGGGAAUAUAUUAAUUUUAUUUUGGAAGUACUUUCUUUCACUAGUAGAGGCCGUCCUGGUGCUGUGUGUGGUCCUUUGUAUUGUAAGCAGAGGGUGACAGUGACCCGAGGUUUUGAAUUUUUCUUAUACGCAGGAAGAUACAGAGGUCUGGAUUAUUUUCAUGCGUAAGUAUCAUUUACUCGGAGAGCAAAAAUGACUUCGUUUUUGAGUCGAGCAGCUUUGCAAUGCCAGUUCAUGGGUGCUUGGGCAGGUAGCGCCUCCUCCAGCGUCUCGGCUCCUUCCGAAGAUCUAUACUCAUUUUCGCUUCCAGCGGUCCUUAUACCUGGAGACGAUCAUGACCUCGACCGGUUGGCAACGAAAUUAUGCUUAUUUAUAGUAACAGAGUAGAGAAGACUGAGAAGGUUCCUUUUCCGCUUGAUAGCGUGUUCUUGCCCUCGUCGAGGCAGCAUUGUGCUUGAGUUGGUCUCCUCGAUCAUAUGUGCCUUUUGUUCCUCUGUUGAUACGGAUACCAAAGUGCCAGUCACAGUCAUAUAUACCAGUACUACUUAACUACUUUUUACGAUGCUUGUAAGUACUAACAAACUAAGAAAUGAUGUUUGUAAGUACUUCUCAGAUGAUGGGAUAGAGUUUUUGAACAAAAUAGAUUCGCUCGAACAAAAACGGGACGCGUGAAUUGCGCUACCACUAGCAACAACCCGAGCGUGGCAGAGCGUAUCAAUGUUCGUGACAAUCGUAACAAAGAGGAAGGAGCGCCUCCUACCCUGCUUACUACAGAUUCUGACGCAGAUGAACAAAAAUUAAGGCUAUCCAUAUCUAUAAGUAUUCCUCAAAGAAACGUAUAUUGUUGCAAGCAUAUAAUUACUCAAAGAAUAAUUUCAUGCUUGCAGUUGCAGCAAGAUUUCCAUUCGCCUUGUAUACCUAGUUGGGCGCAUCGUUCUCGUCCACCUCCUCCUCAUCCGCCGCCUUGUCCGCAGCGGAUACUCAACACGCAUGAGCAUAUUUAAUCUGAUAGCAGCUUUAAAACAAGGCGCUGGCGAUCAACAUUGCGUGGAGAGUGAUGCGGUGCAGCUGGAGGAGUCCAGCACGGCUGCGAAAGGUAACACCAUGGCCAUGUACAAGGGCAAAGUGCUCUUGAUCACCAACUUGGCGUCUCGCUGAGGAGUAACAUCUUAAGGCCUUAUUUGUGAUGCGUUUAAAGGUAGUAUCCGCACUCACACUUUCUGGAGAGUUUGUUCUGCUUCGGCAACAGUUGAAGAUUGCUUCUAGAAUCGAUCUGGAGAAGAAACUUAUUAUCAAAUGGAUAAGUCUUUGAUUAUAAUAGCAAUAGUUAGGUCUGCUCCACCACGAUUAUAAUAGCAAUAGCGCUAAUAAAAGCGCGACUAUGCGCAGCUGAACGAGUUACACGAGAAGUACCACUCUGACGGAUUGAGAAUCCUUGGAUUUCCAAGUAACGAUUUUAACCAAGAGCUCGACAAUGCUGGAGUAGCUGCGUUCGCGAGAUCGAAGAGUGUUCGCUGGACCGUCUUUGAACGCAUCUCGGUUAACGGGAAAGAGGAGCUACCAUUGUACUUACGACAUCAACUGUUGAUGUGAAUAUUAACAAACUCUUCAAGAAGAUGAUACAUAGACAUUGUGUAUUUUUUUCUGCUUUUGGUUUUAUUUUUUGGAAGUUUUUGGCUUCACCCAACAGUGGGUGCAUAUUAUGACUCCGAAAAGGUGCAGAAGCAGAUUUGAGAUUGCUGGUCUUAGGUUCUUUUGCAAGAUAAUUAAAAACUGGCUAGUCACAGAGAGAAGGAGUGAAGGAAGAAAGUCCGUGCUCCUGGGUAUUAUAUGCAGAAUUUUAGAGCGUAACGGGAUAGGAGUAAACAUCUUGCGCCAUUUUGAGUGGUGUCCAUUCCUAAACUGACACCGAGCGACCCCGACGAUAGAGAGAAACGCGACGGCAGGAAUCAACGCCGCCUCGCGAAGGGUUCCCUAGCGCGUGUUCUCGUCUAUCGUUAUACCGUCGGUUUUGCGCGAAACUUGUGAAAUGUUUCGAAAUCGUAAAAAAAAAGGUGCGCACAUCGCCCGCAUAGUUUGGCUUCGAAGGUUGUGUGGCGUUCGCGCCACUCUCAGUCGUGCGCCCCCAUGCGCUCUGUCGUUCGGUAUCUGUGUUCUUUGUCCUCUGUGUUCCGCGCCAUCUCCGUGGGCUGGUUGUUAAACAGCGAAACAGUUUCGUGUGGUUCGUUUGUCUUCGGCUUCUGUCUUGCGGGGUUCGUUGUGGCCAGUCUCGCUUGUCCACUGGGUGGAUUCGCAGGGGCUUCGGCUAAAUUGCUGCGCUUCAUCUCCCACCCCCUCAUCAUCAUCAUCAAGGGCCGCUUUUUCCUUCGUAGUUGAAAGAAGCAUUUUGAUACUAGCCUCCACAAGCUUCGCCCGGCUUCAAGUUAGUUAAGCACUUUUCUGCAGCCUCCCACGGGCUACAGCCGCUAGAGUAGAGACAGCCCGCGGGUGAGCUGUUGCACCCUACGAAUUAACUACGACAAGAGCCGAGCACGGUGGCCGACUCAGAUCGAUGCGUCGACUCAUGUGCAGCGCAUUGCGCUGCCUUCGGUUUUUUUAUGAGAUUGCCGGGGGGGUCAUGCAAAUUCUUAAGAAUUUGCAAGACCCCCACGGCAGUCCAACGAAAAAACCAGAAGAGGGCCGCCAGACACGCACAAGAAUCCGCAAGCCCCAACGCACGCAAACACCUCGCGGUGGCGCCAGGCAAGAACGGGCGGCGGCUUUAGCGGGCCAAACAAGACAGAGCAUAAGCAACGCAGGGCCGCGCUGCUCGGGUCUCUCUACGCGCUUACACCUGGCGGGGCUUCUUUGUUAUUGUUUCGCCAAAUGUCUCUCGACAGAAACAGACGGGCGCACUUCGCGGGGGCGUGGGGCGUCGCGCUUCGGGUUGUGGCUGAAGCCUCUUGACUGGCUGACGUCUUUCGCCAGGAUGGAGGCUGAGGCCUUCCAUCAGACUGAUGCCGUUCGUCAGACCAACGCGCUGCGCCAGGCUGGCGGCCUUCGUCGGACGACAGGCCGGCGCCCUUCGGCGGACGUCGUGGGCCAGGCUGAGGCCCUUCGUCAGGGUCGGGCGACGUCUCUCGUCAGGCUGACGCCUUUCGUCAGACUGAAGCGCUUCGCUUGGCCGACAUUCCUCGCCGGGCCAAGACUCACGCCUUUGGUCAGGUUGAUGGCUUGCUUCAGCAUGGCGCCGUUGGUUCGUCAGGCUGAUGCACUGACCAGCCAGGUGACGCCUCUCGCCAGACCGGCGCACUGCUUCGCCAGGCGUCUGCCUUGCGUCGGAAGCGGAACAGGCUGCGCGGGGCCUUUCUUCGGGCUGCGGAUGUCUUUCCUUCGUGAGGUUGAUGCUGCCCCUUCGUCGGACUGACGUUUUUCGCCAGACUGACCGCGUUCGUCGGACUGACGUCCUUCGUCAAAGGUCUUCGCUAUCCUCGUCGAGGUAGGGCUUCUCGCCACAGGUCAGGCGGCAGCUUUUCUGGCAGGGGUCGUUCGUCAGAUGUCUGCUGUCGCGGGUCUCUUGUCUUGUCGGAGAUCUUUGGUCCAGCGGUCGUCUCUGGUCGUCCAAAGGUCGCCUUUGGUCCAACGGUCGCCUUUGGUCCAAGGGUCGCCUUUGGUCCAAAGGUCGUCGCACUUUGGUCCAAAGGUCGUCUUACUUUGGUCCAAAGGUCGCCUUACUUUGGUCCAGCGGUCGGCUUACUUUGGUCCAAAGGUCGGCUUACUUUGGUCCAGAGGUCGCCUUAAAAGGUCGCCUGUGGUCUGCGGGUCGUCUGUGGUCCAGAGGUUGCCUCUGGUCUGAGGGUCGUCUUUGGUCCAAAGGUCAGCUUUGGUCCAGAGGUCUGCCGUGGUCCAAGGGUCGUCUGUGGUCCACAGGUCGUCUUUGGUCCAAAGGUCGCCCUUGGUCCACAGGUCGCGUCUGGUCCAAAAAACGCCUCUGGUCAAAAGAUCGUCUUUGGUCCACAGGUCGUCUUUGGUCCAAAGAUCGCCUCUGGUCCAAGGAUCGCCUUCGGUCCAAAGAUCGUCUUACUUUGGUCCAAGGGUUGCCUUAUUUUGGUCCAAAGGUCGCCUCACUUUGGUCCAGAGGACGCCUUACUUUGGUCCAGAGGUCGCCCUACUUUGGUCCAGAGGUGGGUCGCCUUACUUUGGUCCCGAGGUCGUCUCACUUUGGUCCAAAGGUCGUCUUACUUUGGUCCAAAGGUCGUCUUACUUUGGUCCAAAGGUCGCCGCACUUUGGUCCGAAGGUCCCCUUACUUUGGUCCGGCGGUCGUCUGGUGUGGUCCAAAGGUCGCCGGUGGAUGUGGUCCAAAGGUUAAGGUUGCCUGUGGUCCAAAGGUCGCCGGUGGUCCAAAGGUCGCCGGUGGUCCAAAGGUCGUCCCGGGUCCAGCAAUAGCAAAGAUCGCCUUGGGUCCAAAGGUCGUCUUGGGUCCAAAGGUCGUCUCGGGUCCAAAGGUCGCCUUUGGUCCAGAGAUCGCCGCUGGUCCAACGAUCGCCUUUGGUCCCCGGAUCGUCUCUGGUAGGUCCAACGAUCGCCUUUCUUUGGGUCAAAGAUCGGACCAAGGAUCGCCUUCAGUCUGAAGGUCGCCUUCGGUCCAAAGAUCGCCAUUGGUCCAGAGGUCUGGGGUCCAGGUGUCUGUGGUCGAAGGUCUUUCUUCGGCUGUUUCUCUUUGGACUUCUCUCGCCAGCUUGCGCCCCUACCCCCGUCGGGCAUUUUCCUGGCUUCUUUUCUGGUAGUCUGCCACGGGGCUGCAACGUGAACUCCAACAAGAAAACGGCCGGAGACUAUCGGGCUUAGGAGUGAGGGGAAAGGGCAAGAGGC